UAUACAAUUAUUUUAAUAUCCAUAUCCAAUAUGAUUAGCAACCUUAGCGUACGCGGAUCUAGGAAGUUCAUGACUAGAGCCUUCUCAUCAGACGUGAAGAAGGUCACUGUCACUGGAGGAGCAGGACAGAUUUCCUAUUCACUCUUGUUCAGAAUUGCUUCAGGAGCUUUCUUGGGACCAGAUCAAAGAAUCAAACUGCAAAUCCUUGAUCUUCCAUUCAUGCAAGAUAGUUUGAAGGGAGUUCAGAUGGAGUUGCACGAUUGUGCUUUCCCUCUUCUUGAUGAAGUUGUCUACACUGAUGAUAUGUCAGUUGGUUUCAAAGACACCGAUUACGCUUUCCUCGUAGGUUCCAAGCCAAGAGGACCAGGAAUGGAGAGAGGUGAUUUGCUCAAGGAUAACGGAAAGAUCUUUGUUGGUGUUGGACAAGCUAUGAACGACAAUGCUAGCAGAGACUGCAAGACUAUUGUUGUUGGAAACCCAGCCAACACUAAUUGCUUGAUCUGCUCCCACUAUGCCCCAGAUAUUGACAAGAAGAACUUCACAGCCAUGACUAGACUUGAUCAUAACAGAGCUUUGGCUCAGAUUGCUUUGAAGACUAGCGCUAAAGUCACCGAUGUUCAGAAAAUGAUUGUUUGGGGAAACCACUCUCCAACAAUGUUCCCAGAUAUCAAGAGCACCACCGUCGAUGGAAAAGUAGCAAGAGAUCUCGUUGAUAGAAAAUGGGAAGAAGACACUUUCAUCCCAGUUGUCCAGAAGAGAGGAGCCGCAAUCAUCGAAGCUAGAAAACUAUCCUCUGCUGCUUCUGCCGCAUCUGCUGCUAUUGACCACAUGAGAGAUUGGGCUAAGGGAACUGAUGAAUGGGUCUCAAUGUCUAUUCCAUCUACCGGAAACCCAUACGGAAUCGAAGAAGGUCUUAUUUUCUCCUUCCCAUGCACAACUAGCAAUGGAGAAUACAAAAUUGUUGAAGGACUUGAUAUCAGUGAUGAAUUCAGUCAAAAGAAUAUUAAGGUUACCACUGACGAGCUCGUUUCUGAGAGAAACUUUGUUGAGCAUCUCCUUAAGUAAUUUAUAUUAGAGUUACUUGAUU